GCUUGCUGCUUAUUUCCAACGCCUUCAGUUCCUCUCGAGUCCAAUUUUUUUCUUCGCUAUUAUUAUCUCUAUAAAAAAAUCCAGUAAUUUUAUUGCGCGCCUCGUAAAUACUACUACAAGUCUACACAACUAAAAAAAAACCAAUGGCCAGAAAGACAAUUAAUCGGAAAAAGUCGCAGACCGGCGUGCAAAAAACGCAAAAGGCGACGCGCACAUCGACGUACGCGGCCGACACGUCCAACGACCGGUGGACAUGCGCAUUCGACUCUGACGACCAUAACCUGGCGGUAGUGCGCACGGGAGUCAACGGCCACACGCUGCGGAUCGUCGACGUGCAGACAGGCGCGCAGCGCAGUGAGUACACGGCGACCGACGGCGCACGGAUCCGCAGCGUCGCUUGGGGCCAGCAGGGCGCGCAGGCUUUGGUUGCGCUCGGCCUGCAGAGUGGCAGCGUUCAGCUGUACUCUCCGGCACGCAACGCUGUCGUGCGCUCAAUGCAGGGCUCUUCAGGACACCAGGGCCCCGUUGUCUCAGUGGCCUUUGUCGGCAGCAGCAUCUUUGGGCUCGACGAGGCCGGCACCGUUGUGCAAUGGGACGCGGCCACCGGCACUGCGUUGCAGACUCUGCGCACCAAGGUUGACGGCGCCCAGCGGCUGCUCGUGGCCGGCGAUGCCACGCGCGUGGUUGUUGCCAGCCACCGCAUGGAAAUGUGGGAUGUUGCGCGCCAGAGCCGCCUGCAGGCAUGGCCCGGCCACACUGCGCCUGUACACAGCCUGAUGUGGGCCGCCGACGAGACUGCGCUGGUGUCGGCUGCCGAGGGCGACCGCCACGUUCACGUAUGGGAUGCCAGCCCGCGCGCCGGCCAGUCGGCGGCCCACGCACGUGCUGUGCUGGCCAUCGACAGUGACGCCAUGUCCAUCGACGUAGCGAGCUCAGGAUCGGUGCUGGCCGUCAGCGCUGACGGCACACUGUCGGCCUGGCACGAGGUUGCCGUCGCUCAGCAGCAAAGCCAACAGCAGAAGCAGGCCGGGCACAACGACAUUGGCUACGCGGCCGACGGCCGCCUGCGCAUUGUUGCAACUACCGACUCCGAGCGCCUGCUGAGCAUCCUGCUGGCGCGCUUCUCUCGCGUUGCAGGCGACGAGGGCAAUGUCCUUGUAGUGCGUGGCAGCUCGCUGCGGCCACUGUUCGAGACUCUGCCGCUGGCCGACGAGCACGGCCACUUUAGCAGCGACAUGGUUGUUGAGCGCGCGCCCCAGGAUAACAUGCUUAUGGAGAAGAAGGGCGUUGCGUCCAAGAUGGACACACAGUAUACUGAGAGCGGCACCAGUGUGACGACGCCGGCGCUUGAGGGCGUGCGCGCCGCCCAGCGCGCCGCCGAGCAAUCCGAUGCGACGCCGACGCUAGCCGACCGCGUCAAGCAGCUCUCUGUCGAGCCCGCCACUGCCGCGGCUACCAUCACGGCCUCUGCUGCAGCCACGCCCACAACUCCCAGCAACCCAUCAGCCAAGCCUACCGCUGGCUCGCUUGUGCGCGUUCUGAUCCAGGCGCUGCACACCUCGGACAGCGUCAUGCUGGACUCUGUGCUGGACAACUCGGCGCGCACCAAUGUCGUUCGUGACACUGUUCUCGGCCUGCCCCUUCCUUACGUCUUGCCCCUGAUCCAGCAGCUCUUCCUGCGCUUCCAUGCGACGCCCGCUCGCGCACACCAGCUGCUGCCCUGGAUCCGCACCACGCUGGCCCUGCACUCUGCGCACCUCAUCACUGUGCCCGGCCUGGUCACCCAGCUGGCCGGCCUGUACCAGGGAAUUGAGGCGCGCUUGGACUCGCACCAGCGCCUGCUCCGCCUCAGCGGCCGCUUGGAGCUGGCCAAUGCCCAGAUCCGCGCCCGCUCGCACUUUGAGAAGGAGAAGACCAAGCAGGAGAAGAACGCCCAGAAGCAGACUGCCAUGAAGCCUAUUAAUGUCUACCGCGAGGAGGAGGAAGAGCUUCUCGAUGAGGAGAACGCACUGGAGCCGCCGACCCCCGUGUGGCAGGCGGAGGAGAGCACCGACGAUGAGGAUGACGAUAUGGGUGAGCGCGCCGGGAAGGACGGUGCUGAGGACAACCAGUGGACCGAUGGCGAUAACAACUCGGACUCGGACUCGGACGCUGGAUCCGAGUCGGGACUAGGCUCCGACUCGGACUCGGACUCUGGAUCUGAUAACGACGAGGAUCUCGAGACAUACGAUUAAUCUUGGCCCCCGCUGCCACUCUGUUUUAUUUUAUUUUCUUUCACUUUACAAAAAAAAUCCGUUUACCAAAUCAUAUAAAAUUUCCAGAAU